CAGGAAGAUUGUGCUGACAACUGCCUUCUUUUUGCCUUCUUGUGACCACCCGGGUGCAACCGUCCAACGGUUACGCAGAAUGGUGCUCACCGAAGCCGAAAAGGCUGCCAGGGCGAAGGCUGAAAAGGAGGCACUGGCAGCAAAGAAAGCCGAAAAAGAGCGCAUCGAAGCAGAGAUUCGAGCAGACAGGGACAUGUUCAAUGCGGUGAAGAGCACCGCCAAAGAGGAGAAAGCUGUCGCUCCCCCCAAGCUGCUGAUCCGCGUGCGCUACACAGUGGAUGGGAAGAAAGGUCGCAAGCCAGUGGAAGUGGACGGGACCCCUUCCACAGUGAGCCUUUUUCAUUUCUAUCAGGCAAUUGAGGAGGCUUUCCAUGUGGCUCCACCCAAGCAGUUGCUGCAGCCUGCUGACGAGUCCAAGUUUCCCGUCGAGCCUCAGGAGCAGGCCUUGCCUGCCUACAGCUCCUUUUCUUCCAUGGAGGCUUUUCCCAGCUUGGAGACCCUAGGCGUGAGGAACGGCCAGGAGAUCUUCCUGACAGAGCUGAGAGAGGAGGUGCGACCAGCUGAGCGUCCGCAGGACGCUCCACGAGCAUCAACACCUCAGAGUCGAGAAGACUCAGGUGCUUAUGCGCCAGGCCCAGGCACUGGGAGUGGCGAGCUGGGCGGCCAGCCACCGGCUCCAGUGGUGCCCCCCGUGGCUCCGGCACCAGCGGCACCAGUGGUACCUCCGAAGCCAGCACCUCCCAGCGCACCAAAGCCUGGAGGGCAGGGCAGCUCUGUUAGAUAUAGUGAUGAGCACCGCUUGAAGUUCCUGUGGCGAAGCAUUGAGGAGAAAAAACUGGCUUUGACCAAAGCGCGAGAACUUCGGGAGUACAAUGAGGUGCAGCGUGUCCGCGAGAGUCCUGAGACUGACCGCUUGGCUGCCCUGCUUCUCUGGCAGAGAGAGGAGCAGGAGUUUUAUUGCAGGUUGAAGGCCGACCUGGACCGUGCGGUUGGACUGCAGCCUGUGAAGGAGUUUAUCGUGCAGCGGCUGCGAGAUGCAGCCGGUCGCCACGUCCUCAAAGAAGGAAAGCAGCCACGCCGACAUGUGCUGAUCAGCGGCGCUUUCGGCGUGGGGAAGCACGUGGCAGCCGAGCUCAUUGGGAGACUUUUUGGACUCCUCAACAACCAGCUGGUAGCCUCUGUGCGAGUGGGCAGCAAAGUGCGCCUGGCCGCGUGGCAAGAUGCUGAGAACAGAGGUGCCCUGCUCAGCAAGAAUGAUGUGGGCCUCGUCACAGAAGAGUUGCCUCCGGGCUCUCCAAAGCCUCUGAAAGUCAAGGGCCCAUCUGGCCGUGUAGGCAACUACAAACCGGAGGAACUUGUGGCAGAGCCGGACUUGCUCAUCUCCAUCCAGGCACUCACAGAGUUGCUGGACCCCAAAACGCAAAAGCUCCGAGUCGCAGACCGGAGCUGCUUCUACAUGCGUUUGGGUGGAAGUUUGUCGGAGCAGGAUGCAGAGAUCUUGGAGCAGGUGUUGGAGGUGGGCAGCGUGGUCAUCAUGGCUGGACCACCGGAGGUGGUUGAAGCCAACAUGCAGCUCUCGGCCUUUCGCCGCCGCCAGCCGGACCUGCUGACACUGCCCACCUUAAGCGUGAAUGAUGUGGCGAACCUCAUUGCUGCAGAGGUGGAGAAGCGUGGAUAUGAAGGCGUAGGUGAGGGCGACGUGGGGACCCGGCAGCUCAUUACCGUUCUGGAACACAUUGUGGCGCAGCGCUUCGACGAGAAGCUGAUCCGAGAGAAGAAUGGGCACCUGGCGCGGGACGUUUUGGAUUUGGCAAUCUCCCGAAAGAACGACCGCACCUGGGCAGACAGCUUGGACAGUGCGGAGCGCUUCCGCUUGACGCCCAUGGACUUUGGGUUGGAUGUCCUCACUGCAGAACAGCGAGAACGACGCAUGCGGGAAGUGGAAGCGGAGGUGGAGCAACUAGUGGGUUGGGGCAGCGAGGAGGAGGCGGGCAGUGCGCGCCAUUUCUUCUUUCAGCUCCGCCGUCAACUGGGGCAAGCCCCUCGUGGCAGUGGCUGGAGUGCAGCUUCCUGCGGUGGUGCUGGUGCGAUGCAAGGAGCUUUGCAUAUGCCACGGGCCUUGUGGGUAGCAGCCAAUGCAGGCGCCGGCCGCGAGACGUUCGUUCGCCUCGCCACCUGCUUCCUGCGCGCCGCGGGGGCGAUCAGCCGCGAGGAAGUGAGCUGGGUGGAUGGCCAGGAAAUUGCGGACAAAGGAGACCCGACUGAGCUGAUUGCUGCACGCUUGGUCGCUGCAGAGCAUGGCUGCCUAGCCAUUAAGGACGUGGAUGCCUUGGUCGACUCGCGGGAAGCAGUGAGAGCCCUGGCCGCGGCGUUGGGCAACGUUGAUGGUGCCAGCAGUGGCACCACUCUCUUCGUGAUACUGGGAACGCAACAGGGCCUGGCACGGAUUGCCCGCAUGGAACCUGCCCUCGAGGCCAGAUUUCCAACAACUGUGCAAAUCCCUGACUUCCUGGCAACCGAGCUGGUUCAGUUCAUGGAAAUUUCUGCCAGCAAGCUCCCAUCAGGUGCCCUGGCCUUUGAGGAUCAGCUGGCACCACGAUUGGCCGAGCACCUCAAUGAGGUGUACGGUGGAGGUGGCCAGGGGAAGGAGUUGGGUGAGCGGGGGAACUUGGCGCUGGCGCGGCGGUUGCUUCAACGAGCUGUCCAGAAUCGGAUCACCAGGCUGUUCAACAGCAUCCAGGAGGGUGAGUCGCCGAGUGACACGCCAGAAAGUGAGCACUUGACAAAGGAAGACUUUGAGGUGGGUGCUCCGAUUGGUGAGGGCCGCGAGCAAAAAGAUGCUAUUGACGAGGAAGUCGGCAAUUUGAUAGGCAUGGCCAAAGCCAAGGAAUGGUUUGCGCAGGUGCGCCAAAAGGUCGCCUUUGUUGAGCAGACGGGCACCCGCAGCGACCUCCGAGUGUGCUUGAAUAUCAUUAUAACUGGGAAUCCUGGAACGGGCAAGACAACCUUCGCACGGCUGCUGGCGCGCUUCUUCCACACCUAUGGGGUGCUGCCCAAAGACAGCUUUGUCGAGAAAAACGGACUUGAACUGAAGGCAGAGUUCAUGGGUGGUACAGCGCCAAGGGUCAAGGCAGCUGUCCAGGAGGCAAUGGGUGGCUGCCUGUUUCUUGAUGAAGCUUAUGCCUUGAUGGAUUCGGCGGCUGGUGUGGGCGGUGGUGGAGAUGCCUUUUCUCAAGAGGCACUCAGGACUCUUCUCACUGAAGUGGAGAACCACCGCACCAAUCUCAUGGUCGUGCUGGCAGGCUACAAGGAGAAGAUGGGCAGAUUGAUGCGAGCAGAGGAGGGCUUGGCACGACGCUUCCCAAACCGGCUGCAUUUAGACGAUUACACACCAGCAGAGCUAGCACAAAUUUGCGAGAUGUGUGCCAGGCAUCGGCAUCAGCGCGAGUUCGAGCCUGGCUUGAGGGAAAAGUUGGAGAAAAACAUCGAGAACUUCUACUGGAGAGACAUUGCUCAGCAAAAUGCAGGCCUCUCCGUGAACCUGACAGAGAAAGCUCUGGACAGACAGAUUGUUCGAAUUGUCUCCAAGUACCCGGAGGCCUUUGCGCAGAUGAGUCGUGCUGCUGCUCCAUCAGAUGGGCCUUCGCUGAUGCGUCAGCGCAGUGGUGUCAGCAUUCAGCAGGUGAAGGCGGAGGUCGCAGUCUUCACUGCUGCAGAUUUCGGCAUUGAGGAGAGGCCCACCAUGGGUGAUCCAGAGUUGAGGAGACGAGUCCAAGAGGAGGUGGAACGUCUCACCGGCAUGGCGAAUGUGAAGGCCUUCUUCAAAGAACUGUCACGUACGGUGGCCUUUGUGGAGCGUGGGGGCGAUCCAAGGGUCCUGCAAACAAGCCUCAACCUGCGCCUGACUGGGAACCCUGGGACAGGCAAAACCACUGUGGCACGGCUCAUUGGGCGCUACCUUUAUGCUCAUGGUGUUUUGCCCCGUGACACCUUCGUGGAGCGCAAUGCCUUGGCACUGAAAGGCCAGUUUGUGGGCCAAACGGCGCCGACUGUUGCAGAGGCAGUCCGCGAUGCAAUGGGUGGCUGUCUUUUCAUCGAUGAGGCCUAUGCCUUGGCCGACCGUGGGGGUGACAAGUUCAGCGGAGAGGUGAUCCGCACGCUGCUCACGGAGGUGGAAAAUCACCGAACUGGGCUUCUGGUGGUCUUGGCUGGCUAUGCAGACAAGAUGGAUGUGCUGAUGGAUGCAGACCCGGGACUCCGGCGUCGCUUCUCCCUGGUGCUGCAGCUGGAGGAUUACAGUCCUGAGGAGUUGGCGGAAAUUUGUGAGCACGCGGCGCAAGACCGCUUCAACUUGACCUUUGCACCAGGCUUAACUGAGGCCCUGGCCCAGCAUAUCUCUAUGCAGCAUGGCCAAGAGAUUGCGCAGCACAAUGGAGGCCUGGCAGUGACACUGGCUGAGCGUGCCUUCCGGCGCUUGGCCACACGACUGGGCGACCCACAGAGCCAGCAAGCGGUGAGUGGUCUUCAAUGCAGACAAUUGAUUGCUGAAGACUUUCUGAUUGGUCUUCCCCCUGAGGGCGUGCGGAAUAGCAAGCCUGAACCUAGCUCUCCAGGUGCCAAGGAGACAGGCCGUGCGCGGCCACCGAAGCGGACCCGCCCACCGUGGCAAGAGGCAGUUGGAUCGUUGGCACGGGAGAUGGCUCAGGAGCUGCUCAGAGGUAUGGAGGGAGCUAUGGAUGAUCCCCUAGAUGAAGACAUGCCUGGCGACUCAGCUCCCUCAAGAGAUGACCACGUGAAGGCGGUCGCGAAAGCCUUGGCCAAGGGCAAGAACCGAGAAAGACCCAAAGAGGAAGUGAAGGAGGAAGAGAAAUUGCCACAGCAAGAGGGCGAAAAGGUGGUCGAAGAGAUGUCGACCUUGGAUGCUUUGGACUGCUUGGGUUUGUGCCCCGCGAACUUUGAAUGGUUCGAGCUCAAUGUUGCGAACCCACCAGAUGAGAACUGCGGCAUUUGCCACUACAAACUGGCCGAUGGCUACCGCUGUGGCGGGGGUACGCACUAUGUGUGCAUGGGCUGCAUCGAUGCCUACAAGACAAGCUACACCAGAUGAGCCGAUCUGACUGAACUGCUUGCGAAAGCCUUGUUCAAAACCAAUGAUCUCGUACAGCCGAGUGGGUCAAGCAG